CGUGUGAAUCUGUGGGAACUAUAAUGACUUUGAGUACAAUCAGCACCUCAUCGUUGGAAGAGGUGGCAAAUGCCGCUCCAAAUGGUGUCAAAUGGUUUCAGUUAUACAUCUAUAAGGACAGAGCGGUUACCAGAGGACUGGUGAAGCGGGCAGAGGACAGUGGUUUCAAAGCACUGGUCCUUACAGUAGACUCUCCGAUGUUUGGUAAUAGGUUUGCGGACGCGAGGAAUCAGUUUCGUUUGCCGCCACACCUACGGCUGGCCAACUUCGGGGAGGGAAACACGGAAUCCGAUUCCAUACAGAACUCGCCCACAAAAGGACAGUCAGGUCUUGCGGAGUACGCUCUGUCUCUGUUCGACCCGUCUCUCACUUGGAAAGAUAUACUGUGGUUGAAGUCAAUAACAAAACUACCGCUGGUUUUGAAGGGAAUCCUCACUCGAGAAGACGCCUUAUUAGCCGUAAAAUACGGGGCGUCUGCUAUCCUGGUGUCAAAUCAUGGCGCGCGACAGUUGGAUGGCGUGCCCUCCACUAUCGAGGCUCUACCGGAAGUGGUGAAAGCCGUCCAAAAUAGAUGUGAAGUGUAUUUGGAUGGAGGCGUACGAACGGGAACUGAUGUAAUUAAAGCGUUGGCAUUGGGUGCGAGAGCUGUAUUCGUCGGAAGACCUAUAUUGUGGGGACUCUGUUAUGAUGGAGUGAAUGGCGUGGAGGAAGUGUUUGCAAUCCUGCGAAAGGAACUCGAUAUGGCUCUGGCGUUGUCGGGCUGUUCCCAAGUGAGUCAACUCACACAACAUCCAUCCCUUAUUGUAUCCGAAAAUUACUAUAAAUCUCAGCUC